AUGAAGGUCGACAAUGAGCUGAUCACGGCGUUGAUUGAGCGUUGGAGGCCGGAGACACACACAUUCCAUCUACCGAUCGGUGAGACGACGAUCACCUUGGAAGAUGUGCAAGCCAUCUGGGGCUUGAGGGCGGAUGGCGUCGUUUUCACGGGUCGUGACUAUCAUGACAACUUUCCAGAUUGGACCAGCAAGUGCCGCGAUCUGUUGGGAUGGAUACCAGAUUCUUCCACAGAGACAAAGCAAGGCGGUUUGCUGAUGACCGCGCUGAUCAACCAGACAAGGAUGCCUCUGGGUGAUGACCUGCCUACUUACGUAUACAUCCAAAGAGCACGUAUCCAUGCCCUAAUUUUAUUAGGAGGUCUCAUUCUACCGGAUACCACGGGGUGUAAGGUGCCAUUUAUGUGGUUGAAUGGGCUUGGGGAUCCGGAAGAGGUGAAGAAUAUAAGUUGGGGAAGCGCGGCAUUGGCUUACCUUUAUCAUUAUCUAUGCGAGGCUUCCAUGGAUAAGAGAAAAGAGUUGGGCGGCCCUAUGAUCCUCCUGCAGCUAUGGGCGUGGGAAAGAAUGCCCACAUUGAGGCCUGCGUUCAUAGGACCAAAGGUGCACGAGCCAUAUACACCAUGUGGCGCCAGGUGGAGAGGAACAACGCAGAUAGGAAAUGCUCCAAGACACUCGGUUGAGCAUUACCGUGACCAAUUAUCUCUGAUUAGACCUGGCCAGUUUAUCUGGACGUCGUACGCACCUUUCACACUGCCUGACUACUGCAAUGAUGUGAAUGGAUGCUCUUUGUGCGAAACCUACUUGGUAUGUUGGGCCUAUGUCGAGGCCCAUGAGCCUGGAAGAGUACGCCGACAGUUCAAUCGGUACCAGGAUAUACCGCAGUCCGUAGACAGGAUGCUAAGGAACGCCGAUCAUUUGGGCAAAACUGAUCGGCGUGGCAAGAAAGGCAACAACUGGGCAAACACGCAUCAGUUCUACAUUGGGGAGUGGGACAUGAGGUUCGAAAGGUUCCAAGCUGCCCAGUAUGCCGCAUCGAUGUCUAUGGAUAUCCCCAUGAACCCGGGGUAUAUGGCGUGGUAUAACAGGAUUACCGUGACGUACAUGACUCAGCCGGGGACACGGGCCACUACUGGGAUGAACGAGUCGGCUGCUUCGAUGAGACUAUUUGUUGAGGGGUUUCAGCAGGUUUUCCAUUUAACUACGGAAGACGAAAUGGACCCACGAGUGCGCCAGAUUCGGGAAAUUGUUAAGAAUGUCCUCGAAUCUACGAACAACACGGAUGUCAUGGAAAGUAGUUCCACGGCGUCGUGGAGUGCCUGGUGUUCGGACUGGGGGACACGGCUACACAAAGCAGUUCAGGAUGUCCCAGCCGGUGCCCGAUUAUGUAGCACCAGAGACGCAGUAUCAAGUGCAUGA